CUAACUCUCGCAUAUCACACUUCCAAAAGCUGCUAUUAAUGGCUUCUUUCUCCAUGAGUUCGAUUACAGCAUUAAUGCUCUUCUUAUUGACCGUCUUCUCUUAUAUUGGCCUUUCCCCAGUAUCCUCCUUUGAGUUCCAAGUCGGAGGCACCCAAACCCAAGGUUGGGUCGUCCCCCAGGCCAAUGAUAGCAAGAUCUACAAUGACUGGGCCUCUGAAACCCGCUUCCGAGUUGGCGACACUGUCCGUUUUAAGUAUGAGAAGGACUCGGUUAUGGAGGUGAAUGAGACAGACUACAAGAGGUGCAAUUCCUCUCACCCCAACUUCUUCUCCAACACCGGGAACACAGUUUUUAGGUUGGAUUAUCCGGGGCCUUUCUACUUCAUUAGUGGAGUAUCCGGGCACUGCAAGAAGGGUCAGCGGCUGAUCGUAAAGGUGAUGUCGGCGGAGUCCGAGCAGUCAGCUCCAUCUGAAGGUGACAAAUCGUCUGGUGCCCGUGUUGCGGUUAAUUUCCUCGCUUGGAGUAGUCUCUGCAUUGUUCUUUCUUUGCUUUGCUUUAUCAUAUAUGGUGCUUAGUUUUUAGGUUAUUAUAUAGUCUAUCUCCAACUAUAUUUAUUAUAUAUGCCAGACUACUGCUAUAUACUUUGUUGUACGUAUCGUCGACUUGUUUGAAUUUUAAGGGUAUCAAAGGUCUUUGUUAGUUUCUUAAUUUCGUUCGAAGAUUAUAUUUUACGUGGGAUUUAAUUGAACAUGUCGUGAUUUAUGUAUGGAGAAUAUAUAUAUAUGUUUUGCUU